AUGAGUUCUUAUGUGGAUGAAAUUUUGUGUGACGUUAUUCCCAUGGAUGCUUGUCAUAUAUUGUUAGGGCUUUCUUGGAAAUUCGAUAGGGAUGUCGUACACAAGGGAAGAAGCAAUGAAUAUGAGUUGAGGGACAAGGGCAAGAAAAUCAUGUUGAAACCAAUCUCUUCACAGGCGGUUCGAUCCAUGAGUACUAAAGAGAAAAAGAGACCGAAUCUUACCAUGUUAGCUAGCGAACGGGAGAUUGAGCAGAACCUUGAUCACGGAGAAGAAGUGUAUUUUCUCGUAGCCAAAGAAGAUUCAACAAAGGACCAGACUUCGAGGGAGGACAUCCCCAUUAACGAGUUACUGUUUGAGUACAAAUAUGUGUUUCCCGAUGACUUACCACCAGGAGCCUCACUGCAUUAUAAGGCUGCCUAUCGCUGUAAUCCAGAGGAAACCAAGGAAUUACAUAAGAAAAUUGAUGAACUUGUGAGUCGGGGUUAUGUUCGUGAAAGCUUGAGUCCAUGUGUUGUACCCGUUUUUCUUGUACCUAAGAAGGACUGA